AUGCCGAAUGCAAGGACGCCACCGAGCGGACAAGAUUUGGACGUCGACACUCCGGCACACGCUCGAGAGCCGUUGCCGUUGCCGUUGCCGUUGCCGUCCAGCACUCGACAAUCUUCCGUGGCCGCCGAACAGCGAGACCAGGUUGAGCAGGCGCAGGAACGCACAUCUGCCUUUCAUCUGGUCGACAGGGCAAGUCCAUCCACCAAGACCAAUUACUCGAUAUUCAAAAAAUAUCGCUUCAACAAGUCAACUAAGAGUCGAGUCGUCGAUGCGAUCCCCGAUGCAAGCCCGUCCGCGACGGCGGCGGCGGCCUCGGCGCAUGGUGUCGAUGACCGGGUGCCAGUACGCGAGCUGAUCGGCAUCGACCUGCCGCCACGCGAUGUGGCGCAUGCGCUCCUGGACUCGUAUGUUGAUGCGAUACACUGGUACUUGAUGGUGAUCCACGAGCCGUCCUUCCGAGACCGGCUAGAUACGGUCCUGACCACGGGGCUGGUCCAUCGGCGGCAGCGGCCGUUCCUGGUGCUCGUCCUCAUUGUUCUCGUGCUUGGUGCUUGGCAUAUAGGCGCGGAGCCCAAGGAGGGAUCCUGUGCAGGCGUUGACAUCCCGCAGCUCGAGGCCCGAAUGCUCGAGGCGGCUGAGCGGUGGUACCUUCCAUCAUGGGAAGAGACAGCCGUCGAGACUGUUUCAUUCUCCUAUCUGCUCGCUUCGUACUACCUAUAUUGCGGCCGAGCCAGGGCGGCUUUCCUUACGAUGCAGGCCACCGUCGGGGCAGCUCAGUCUAUGGGGCUACACGUGGAGUCGACCUGGGGUGCCAUCGAUCCGAUUGAACGCGAAUUACGGCGGCGGACUUGGUGGGGCGUGGUUGUUGGAGCUGGAUACCUCGCCAUGUCGUACGGAAGGCCGUGCAUCCUCGCCGAAGACGACUUCCAAGUCCGCCAGCCGAUCGACGUCGACGACAGCUCGGACACGUGCCCCGGAUUCCACUCCCUCGAGCAGCGAGACGAUGGCAAGUUCUGGCCUGUCACGAUCCAGUCCUUCCAGCGCUACCGAGCGAAGCUGUACAUCAUCGUCGCCUCCAUCACGCGCGACGUCUACGUCAAGCGUAGUCGCAAUUUCGACGAAAUAACCAACCGCGUCAGGGAAUUGCAUAGUCGCCUUCUGGACUGGGAGCGGACAAUACCGCCCGAGUUAAAGUUGGACUCUUACAUCGGCCAUAGUCUGGAUGGUCCGGAGAAGUCGCUCAUUCGCAUCUUUGCUGUCCAGGCCAUGUCGCUACAGAUUUCCUACGACAACAUCCAGCUCUUUCUGUUUCGCCCCUUCCUAUCUCACGGAAAACUGUCUGACAUGCACGACGCCGUCUGGGAUGGUGUACUCCCUUCUCCCGCGUCCGAUCAGGCGGGAAGGCAGUUGGCCGAUAUUGUCACCACCGCCUGGAAUCAGUGCUGGGUUUCGGCCCUGCGGACGUCCCUUAUGGGCCAGCAUCUGGGCAUAGCUCGUCUCAUACGACGCAGCCCACCCAGCGUCCACACCGGCGUGUCCGCUUUCACGGCAGCCGUGGUGCUGUGCUUGCUGGCGCUGUCGAACCCGCUCUCGGCACGCGGCCAGGAGUGCAAGCGAGGAAUCGCCCGUCUGAUCCAGGUCGCCGGCAAAGCCGAGCUCGACGCACCAAUAUGGAUGCAGAUGACCCAAGUCUUGGAGGAUCUGAUGCAUGUCAUCGCGGCCGAGGAGACCAAAGCUCUGGUAUCCGGGGACGGGGACCUGGCUCCCCAGCACGGAAUCGUUUCGCUCCCAGUAUUUGGCGUCCCACCGAGCCUGUAUCCAGCACCCCGCGCUCAAUCACGACGCGAGCAGGCUAGUCAUGGACUAGCAUCGAGCCAAGCGGGCUCUACAACUGGCCCAACCAACGUGAGACUCGAGACACAGCAAGUAGGAACCUCGACUCUAUUUGAGCAGCCAUGUCCGGCCGAGGCGGUGGAAGAAAUAUGCUCACCACAGAGCAGCGACAUGCGUAUGGCUGCUGUGCUUCACUCCAUGUCCCAACCGGUCGGUGGUCCGGCAACUAGGAUGGUCUUGCCAGACUUCAGCAUCUACCCGGAGUGGCUGGGAGAGAACCUGCUGAACCAGAGCCAGACGUGGAUUUGGGAUGACGCUUUCUCGAGCAUCUAGCACGAUAUAAACUUCAAGUGGAAGGAUGUCCGGCUCUCAGAAGAUGCGCUCAGGCGAUCGCAUGACAAUCGUGCUCCAAAGAUCAAAUCAGGGCAAAACUUCGACUUGCUUGGCCCGUGCUGGCGGCCAUCUCCGGCUCAAUCCAGAAAAAGGGGGAAGCCCCCACUUCGACCGGCUCCAACUCGGAGCCGUCUCCACCAGAUGGUGUGUCCUUGGCAUGGAUCAGGACGCUGCUCAUUGAAGGUAGUGGGGCGAGUCUCCCCACUCGGAGCCGGUGGCUCGCCCCAAAGUCCAGACCCUCGGUAAUUAAUCCAAACCCGCCGGCUCCUCGACGAGUCACCACC